GGCUGUUAAUGCCACUCUCUGAUUGGUCAAUUCAGGAUCGCACUUUGCUGAUUCUGUUUUAUGAUUGGCUGUGAAUGCCACUCUCUGAUUGGUGCAGUCAGGAUCCCACUUUGCUGAUUCUGUUUCAUGAUUGGCUGUGAAUGCCGCUCUCUGAUUGGUCAAUUCAGGAACCCACUCUGCUGAGUCUGUUUUAUGAUUGGCUGUGAAUUCUGCUCUCUGAUUGGUCAAUUCAGGAUUCUUCUUUGCUGAUUUUGUUUUAUGAUUGGCUGUGAAUGACACUCUCUGAUUGGUGCAGUCAGGAUCCCACUUUCCUGAGUCUGUUUCAUGAUUGGCUGUGAUUUCUGCUCUCUGAUUGGUCAAUUCAGGAUCCCACUCUGCUGAUUCUGUUUAAUGAUUGGCUGUGAAUUCUGCUCUCUGAUUGGUCAUUUCAGGAUCGCACUUUGCUGAUUCUGUUUUAUGAUUGGCUGUGAUUUCUGCUCUCUGAUUUGUCAAUUCAGGAUCCCACUUUGCUGAUUCUGUUUUAUGAUUGGCUGUGAAUGCCACUCUCUGAUUGGUCAUUUCAGGAUCCCACUUUGCUGAUUCUGUUUCAUGAUUGGCUGUGAAUUCUGCUCUCUGAUUGGUCAAUUCAGGAUCCCACUUUGCUGAUUCUGUUUUAUGACUGGCUGUGAUUUCUGCUCUCUGAUUGGUCAAUUCAGGAUCCCAGUUUGCUACGUCUGUUUAAUGAUUGGCUGUGAUUUCUUCUCUCUGAUUGGUCAUUUCAGGAUUCCACUUUGCUGAUUCUCUUUUAUGAUUGGCUGUGAUUUCUGCUCCCUGAUUGGUCAUUUCAGAAUACCACUUUCCUGAUUCUGUUUCAUGAUUGGCUGUGAUUUCUGCUCUCUGAUUGGUCAUUUCAGGAUCCCACCCUGCUGAUUCUGUUUUAUGAUUGGCUGUGAUUUCUGCUCUCUGAUUGGUCAUUUCAGGAUCCCACUCUGCUAAUUCUGUUUAAUGAUUGGCUUUAAUUUCUUCUCUCUGAUUGGUGAAUUCAGGAUCCCACUCUGCUGAUUCUGAUUAAUGAUUGGCUGUGAUUUCUGCAUUCUGAUUGGUCUAUUCAGGAUCCCUCUAUGUUGGUACUGUUUAAUGAUUGGCUGUGAUUUCCACUCACUGAUUGGUCAAUUCAGUAUCGCACUUUGCUGAUUCUGUUUUAUGAUUGGCUUUUAAUGCCGCUGUGUGAUUGGGUAAAUCAAGAUUCUACUUUGUGAUUCUAUUUAAUGAUUGGCUGUGAUUUCCGCUCUGUGAUUGGGUAUAUCUGGAUUCUACUUUAUUUAAGCUAUUUUAUGAUUCGCUGUGAUUUCUAAAUGACUGCAGUUGUUUUGUGCUGAUUGGUAUCUUCCCAUUUCGUUUGGCCGUGUUCUUACUGGCUCGCGCCGUAGAGUGCGAUUGGCUGUCGUGACGUUCUUUGCCUGUGUCGCGCUCCGGUUGGCUGGCGGCACGGUGGGCGGUCUUCGCGCGGGCGGGACCAUUGCCACUGCUGGGGGCGCCGCGUUGGUGAGGCUGUUGUGUAACCGGAGCCUGGGCCGCCCCGGCAUCGUUGACCCAGGUGGGGGAUUCCGUGGGGGCCGCGAAGGGACGGAUCGGAUCGGUGCCCGCGGUCACCGCAGCGCCGCUCAACUCGAACGCCGAGCACCCGCACCCCCCGGCGGCUCGGCCGGUUCGUGGCGUCCGGCGCGACCCCGCGCUCCUGCACGUUGUCAGCGCGGCGCGGAGGGACAGGAUGGCUCCCCGUGGGCGGAAGCGCGGCGCCCGGCGUCCAGCGGCGGCCGAGGGUCCAGAGCAGGCGGGAGCCCCCCAGAAGCGGGCGCGCCCGGGCGACGAGGGUAGCCCGGGGGGCAGCGGCCCCCGCGUGGUCAUCGAGCACUGCAAGAGCUGACGCGUGUUCGGGCGCGCGGCGGCCGCGGUGCGGGACGCCCUGCAUGAGGCCGUCGCCCACCUCCCCGUGGAGAUCAACCCCCGGCAGCCACGCAGGAACAGCUUCGAGGUGUCCCUGGUGAAGGAAGACGGCAGCACCAGGCCGGGACCAGCGCCUGCAGCACGAGCGUCCAUGAAGAGGUGUGACGAAGUGGGGGGCACCUGCCAGCCCCAGUCCUGUCUCUGAUGCUGCAGCUCUGCCGCAGGCAGCCCCCACCAGAUCCCGCUCUGCUCCCCCUGGUUUCCCAUGUACCAAAUAAAGCCCAUCAGCCUCACAGCACAGUUCCAAUGCU